AUGGAGAAGAAGCAAAUUCGUACCAUAUUGUUAUAUGAAUUUAAAUUAGGACGUAAAGCCGCGGAAACUGGCCGCAAUAUCAAUCAUGUAUUCGGUGAAAGCACAACUAGUGAACGUACUGUUCAACAUUGGUUUAAAAUAUUUCGUGAUGGUGAUGAAAGUCUCGAAGAUAAAGAAGGUCGGGGGCGGCCUUCUGCCAUUGAUAAUGAUGUACUGAAAGCGUAUGUCGAAGAUGACCCGUGUACAACUGUGAGAGAACUUGUAGAAAAUCUAAAUGUAAGUAAAACAAUUGUAUCUAAUCACUUGAAGGAAAUUGGAAAAUCGGAAAAGCUUGAUAAAUGGAUUCCCCAUGAACUCAACGAAGGGCAGAAAAGUCGUCGAUUCGAAAUUUGCUCUGCACUCCUUAAGCGAAACGAAAGUGAACCAUUUCUUCAUCGAAUAAUAACGUGCGAUGAGAAGUGGAUCCUGUAUGAUAAUCGCCGUCGUUCAGCUCAGUGGCUAGACUACGAUCAAGCUCCAAAGCACUUCCCGAUACCAAAGUUACACCAAAAGAAAGUUAUGGUGACAGUUUGGUGGUCAAGAGCAAAUAAUAAUGAAACUGUUACUUCAGAAAAAUAUUGUAAGGAACUGGAAGAAAUGCAUAAAAAGUUAUUUGUUAUACAACCAAGUUUGGUAAAUCGUAAGGGUUUACAGGACGCGUGA